UUCACGGAACAAAAAGGAAGUCGGUCAACUUCCGCCUUCCUCCUCCUCCUGUUGAAGAACAAGCUACAGCUGCAAUGGCAAAGCUAAUUUUGCCGUGGCUGAAUUGUCUUAUUUUAUUCAGCACUGUCCAAGCCGUGUUUGAGGAUCAAGUAGGGAAAUUCGACUGGAGGCAGCAGUAUGUAGGGAAAGUUCGCUUUGCUCGUUUUGAUGCACACAUGCAGUCAUCCAAAAAAGUUCUUCUAGCAACAGAGAGUAAUGUUUUCGCUGCACUUAAUACCAGGACAGGAGAGCUCUUCUGGCGACAUAUGGACAAGAUUGGGUCAGAGGGAAACAUUGAUGCUCUUCUGCAACAUGGACAAGAUGCAGUGCUGGUUGUCGGCAACGGCCGACUGCUGCGUUCCUGGGAGGUUAAUAUUGGUGGUUUGAACUGGGAAAUUGUACUUGACUCUGGCAGUUUCCAGUCAGCAUGUUUAGUUGGACAACAGGGCACAGUUAAACAUGUGGCUGUUUUGAAGAAAACUGCCAUCUCUCUCCAUUACCUGUCUAAUGGUCAUCAAAAAUGGAUAGAAAACCUACCAGAGAGUGAAACUGUUGAUUACCAGACUGUAUACUCUGGUGGAAAUGGGGAAGUUUAUGCAUUAGGAGUUGUUCCACAUUCCCACAUUGCUAUUGUAGCCUACAGUUUGGAGGAUGGAGAAAUACUCAAGCAGGUCUCAGUGGAAGCUCCAUGGCUGUCCGACAUACCGACCAGCUGUACAGUGGUUGGCCAGGGGAUCCUGACUUGUGUAGACUCUAUAACCAUGUCUCUAUACACACUGGACUUACACGUACAAUCACAGAUGACCCAGAUCCCCCUGCAGUCACUUGGACUUGAAGUAGUCGCUGGCUUUCAUCUGUCCCUGGUGUCACACCAGCCUAAUCCAGCCCUUCAGCCGCUGCCAGAAUUCUUCCUUCAGCUUGGGCCUGAUCACUAUUUGCUUCUCCAGCUGAAUAAUGGUCAGAUAGUUACGCUGAGGGAUUUCAAACCAGCCCUGCUUGUUUCAUUUGCAACAACUGGAGAGAAGACGGUUGCUUCUGUCAUGUCACCCAAGAAUAAAACAGCUUGCAGUAUUAAUCUUUUUAAUGCUGGAACUGGACGCAGACUUCUUGACACAACCCUCAUUUUCACUGUUGAUCCAAAUGGAGGGAAACCAGAGAGGCUCUUUGUGCAAGCGUUCCUAAAGAAAGAUGAUGCUGUUGGGUACAGAGUCAUGGUGCAGACAGAGGAUCACACACUCACUUUUAUACAGCAGCCAGGGCGUGUAAUGUGGACCAGGGAGGAGGCCCUGUCAGAUGUGGUGACAAUGGAAAUGGUGGAUCUGCCCCUUACUGGAACACAGGCUGAGCUGGAGGGAGAGUUUGGCAAAAAAGCCGAUGGGCUGAUGUCUAUGGUGUUGAAGAGACUCUCCUCUCAGCUCAUCCUGCUGCAGGCCUGGGUCACUCACCUCUGGAAGCUGUUUUAUGAUGCACGCAAGCCCCGAAGUCAAGUAAAAAAUGAAAUUACCAUCGAGAACCUUUCCAGAGAUGAGUUCAACUUGCAGAAAAUGAUGGUUAUGGUUACAGCGUCUGGGAAGCUCUUUGGAAUUGACAGCAAGACUGGUGGUAUUUUAUGGAAACAUUACCUUGACAACAUCCCGUCUAAUGCUGCUUUUAAACUUAUGGUGCAACGGACGACUGCACACUUCCCUCAUCCGCCACAGUGCACACUGCUCAUCAAAGACAAGGACACAGGCUUGGCCACACUACAUGUAUUUAACCCCAUCUUUGGAAAGAAGAGUCAUGUCACACCACCUGCUCUACCUCAGGCAAUACUUCAGUCACUAAUGCUGCCACUCAUGGACCAGGAUUAUGCCAAGGUCUUGCUCCUCAUUGAUGACCAGUACAAGGUGACUGCAUUUCCUUCUACGAAGUAUGUUCUGCAGCAGCUUCAGGAGACGGCUUCAUCCAUCUUCUUUUAUCUUGUUGACUCUAACCAGGGGAGACUCUCUGGCUACAGACUAAGAACGGACUUGUCAACGGAGCAGAUCUGGGAGGUCGUCAUUCCAGCAGAGAUACAGAAAAUUGUCUCUGUCAGAGGCAAAAGACCUAAUGAGCAUGUACACUCUCAGGGCAGAGUAAUGGGAGACCGUAGUGUGCUCUAUAAGUACUUGAACCCCAAUCUACUCGCUGUGGUGACUGAGAGCACAGACUUGCAUCAGGAGCGCAGCUUCAUUGGCAUCCUGCUGAUUGAUGGUGUGACUGGUCGCAUCAUCCAUGAGGCCAUUCAGAGAAAAGCUAGAGGACCAGUGCACGUUGUGCAUUCUGAAAACUGGGUUGUGUAUGUAUACUGGAGCACAAAGUCUCGUAGGAACGAGUUCUCUGUUAUUGAACUAUAUGAAGGAAUGGAGCUCUACAACAGUACAGUAUUCAGCUCGCUAGAUCGGCCACAUGUUCCUCAGGUGCUUCAGCAGUCUUACAUUUUCCCCUCAUCCAUCUCUACCAUGGAGGCUACCCUGACUGAGAAGGGCAUCACCAGUCGCCAUCUGCUCAUUGGCUUGCCAUCUGGAGGGAUUCUGUCAUUACCAAAGAUGUUCCUUGACCCUCGCAGGCCAGAAAUGGUAUCGGAGCAAAGCCGUGAAGAGAACCUGAUACCGUAUGCACCAGAGCUAAUGAUCCGUACAGAGUGGUUCAUCAACUACAAUCAGACUGUAUCAAGAGUUCGGGGUAUUUACACCGCCCCCUCUGGACUGGAAUCAACCUGCCUGGUAGUGGCAUAUGGUCUUGACAUCUACCAGACCCGAGUGUAUCCCUCGAAGCAGUUUGAUGUACUCAAGGACGACUAUGACUACAUGCUGAUCAGUAGCGUACUCCUUGCCCUUUUCUUUGCCACCAUGAUCAGCAAACGCCUGGCAGAAGUUAAACUGCUCAACCGGGCUUGGCGAUAAAGCGAUCGUCAAAGUCCCGCACCUAAGAGCCCCGCGGCUGCACGAAGGACCUCAGUCCGAGUUAAUGAGAACGCUGAGGCCAUGCCUGAUGAAGAACACAGGCCAAAGUUCAAUACGGCCCAGAAGGAACUGCAAGGAAUAGCGGGGAGGGGGUGAAAGGAGGGGUUAGUUAAGGAUUUACAUGUUUGUUUUUUUUUAACUUAUUUUGUAAAAAAGAAAUUAUGAAAUAGAAUGAAUUUUCUUUUUUGCUACAUCAUUUUGAUUAAACGUUUAACACAUGACUACUUACAAAAGAAUGGAAGAAAUGUGAAUUUAUUCAAUUAUAGAGUUUCUACAUGUGAAAGUCAAGUACUUUCACAUGUAAGACUACGGUAGACAUUUCUGCAUUAUCCAGCAGUUCAAAUGGAAAGCGAUAAACAAUGUAGAGGUCAGAGAGUAGAUACAGGAAAACACAAACAGUGUGUGAGCAUGACUUGGUACAGUACCAUACUUAAAUGGUUAGUGUUUUAGCCUGCUGAACUGCCAUGAAACUCAAAUGCCAUAUUAAGUUGGUGGCACACGAGCUGUGAACAUAAAGUGUAAGGUGAUAAUGUAGCAUGGACAAGAAAACUUUUUUCCAGCUGUUCUGAAAACUCUUAACUAAAAGCUUAAUGUUUACACACUGCAGGGAUCUACUUAUGGCUCCUUUAUUCUACUGUGGAGAUAUUUUGAGCAAAAGCAGAUCUGACAAAGAGCUGCUUUGCUCAGAACACAAACUUGAUGCAAUAAAGAAGCUACAAGUGAGGUCUUGUGGUGUAGGAGCAUUUUUUUUGUUUUUUUUUUGUGACGGAUUAUUCAUGUUUCAGUAGGGGUGUAAAUUACAAGUUUGAUCACAAUACAAUAUUGUAUUGAUUCAGUGGAUAAGGAUUCAAUGUUUGCUGAUAUCACAGACUGCCAUGAUGUUUGACUCGAUUCAUCAUUUUACGCCUGAGCUUAGACAUUUAAAUAAAAAUUAAUAUUGUGUGUAUUGAGCUGUAAAAUCUUUACAUAAUGUAAAAGAAAGCUGAAAGAAAUUUUAAUUUGUAGACAUUAAAGCAGGAUGUAGUGUACACAAAAUAUUUGUAGAACUUGAUCAUGGAUACACACCACACCAAUCAGCAUUUUCCUCAAAAAUGGAAUUUUGCUUGUUAUAAGAAAAAAUGUAAACAAUUCCACAUCAUUUUUUAAGCCAGUUUCAUCAUCGAAUGAUUACUAUAUCAAUGUUUGAUCAUUUAAAUUUGGAUUGAUGCUGUUGGGGCAUUGAUCAAUUAAUUGAUAUAUAAAUUCAGAGUGAUGUAUUUUUACACCCCUACAACUUGGCCCAGCUUUGUUUGAUGUGGAUGUGUGUAUUUGUCUCAGCUUGUCCUGAAGACCCGUCCCACUGAAGGCACCGUAACCACCCUCACAUGCUUGACCAAGGAAAAUGACCGACAGUAGCCUUUAUUUUGCAAUUUUGAUCAAUUAAAACUUCUCUUGGGA